AUGCCAGAGAGUGGCGACAUCGACACCCCCAAACUCGGCAAAAUGCCAGAGAUGAGCCGAGCGAUGUCACACGUAGUGGGAAUAGAGUGCAAAGCUGGUGCUGAAGCAAAGUGUGUAUGUUUGAUUCCCCGUGAAGCAACUUAUGGAAGAAAGUUGAUACAAGGGUUAAUGGAAGAUGUACCACAGCGGGCAGCCGUAACGAUUUCGGGUGGAUCUAAUGGGUAUGAUGGAGCUAUCUUCAAAACCUGCACACGCGAUGUCAUCGUGGUUAAAAUGUGCGCAAGCACCGAGUGCUACCAUAACAACAUGCGAAAUCUUCAUCUCAUUUGGGUGUUAUCACUAAUCAUAGAGGCGGCAUUCGCGUUGCACUCAAUGAACGAAAUUCUCACACUCAACCGAUUGAAAAGGUUUUACGGGUUGUCACCGCGAGCACGAAAAGAAGAUCAAGUGGAGAAAGUAGUGAAUCGGCAUUUGCUCAAACAGCCGUUUAUGAAGUUUGAUUUACUCUGGAAAAAGUUCAAUGGACGCAAACGAUCUGAUCCGGAAUUCAUCGUUCUGUAG